AUGACAACACAAGAACUUGAUGAGCUUUUACAGAAAACAGAUGAUGAUAUGCUAGAAGACAAGAUAAAAUAUCAGAGGUUGAUUGGGAAGAUGUUGUACUUGACACUAACAAGAUCAGACAUAGACUUUGCAGUACAAACACUUAGCCAAUUUUUACAACACCUAAAGAAGUAUCAUUGGGAUGCAACAGUUAAAGUGAUGAAAUAUAUUAAAAGAGAGCCAGCUCUAGGGAUAUUGUUAAGCAACAAGGUUUCCAAUUCAUUAACAGUCUUUUGUGAUUCAGACUGGGCUUUUUGUCCAAACACCAGGAAGUCAGUUUCAAGAUUCCUUGUCAAACAUGAAAGUUCAUUUGGAAAUCAAAGAAACAAAAUGUGGUUUCGAGAAGCUCAGCAGAGGCUGAGUACAAAAGCAUGGUGA